AUGGCUAGCGAAGGCUUAACGCUAGAGCAUUUUAUAGCGUUAGGGGAAAGAUGUAAACUAGAGGGAAGGGAGCUGUUGGAAUGGGCUGAGGCUAAAUUGUUAGAGGCGGAGGCUAAGGCUAGGCAGCAGGCUGAAAGGGACGAGAUGGCUGCAGACAGGGCACUAACUAGGGCUAAAAUUGAAUCAGAAGAAAGACUAAAAUUGAAGGAGCUGGAAAUAGCAAGGGAGGAAGACAUAAAGGGCAGGGGUAGGGCACAGACCCCAAGAAUUAGGCUGUCUGGUCUGAGAAACAGUAGGGACCAAACAGAUAUGGAGGUGGUGGUUGACAUUUUUGAAAGGGAAGCCCGAGAUAUAGGUUUAGAAGAUAAGUUUUGGUGCCAAGAGUUUAGGAAAGCUCUGCUAGAUAUAUGCUGCGAAUCGUGGUUAACAGAAUUGGGAGCAGAAGAGAAUUAUGGGAAGCUGAAAAGGGAGGUCCUAAAACACUUUGGUUUGACGGAGCAAGGAUACAGUGAUAAGUUUAAUAGCGCCCAACCAUCAGAACAAGAUAGAGCAGGGAGUUACAUUAGGAGGGUACGACACUACUUGAGAAGAUGGGUCGAAGCUAGCAAGUGUGACAAAACAUUUGACGGACUGUUUGACCUACUCUUAAAAGACAAAAUAGUGAGAACAGUCGGACAAGACGUAAGACAGCACAUCCUCAGGCAAAACCCGAGGACAAUAACAGACGUAGAAAAUGCCUGUGACAAAUACUUUGACAUCUACCCAGACAGAAAAUUAAAACCGAUCGACGUGACAGAGGACGCAUUUGUUGCCCCCAUGGCACUUGCAUCAGGAUCUAGGAAUCCCUUUAGAGAGGACAAGGACAAACGAACCCUAAGACCUAGAUCUAAGAGCCCCAUUAGAGAGGAAUGGGGCACAAUAAAUGAAGUCACCCUUCAACGGGAGAGAAGAGGACAAAGCCCGGUCCAACCUAGGCCGAGUAGUAAUAUUAGUCCCAGAAGAAGCCCAUUCACAUGCUUUAACUGUGGGGCUGAGGGGCACAUAGCGGCGGGGUGCCGGUCCAAUCGUAGACAAAUUGGACAUGAGUACAGAGGGAGAAGGACCGCGGAUGGAGAUAAGAAAAGAGUACCAGGAGCUGUAGUCAACAUAGAAACACCAUACCUUAAGGGAGAGUUCUUUGCCGUCCUUUUAUAUGAUCCACCCGCUGAACUUAUAAUAGGGAAUGUAGCAGGCGCGAAACUACCUAGGGAAGAUUCGCUAACAUUAGCGGCGGUAGAAACCAGAGGACAACUUAGAGCAGGGGGCAACCAGAGAAAUGAGCCGGGGCAUAAGAUUUUAGACCAAAUAAGGACAUCGAAAGAUUUUAAAACGCAACAGAGCGAAGACAAAACAUUAUCUAGGUGGUGGAAGCUCGCGGAAAAGGGCAAACAAUGUAAAACGAUAGAUGGGUUAUUAUAUAAGAUCAUAAAACACAGCAAAACAGAAGAUCAGAUUAGACUAGCAAUCCCAAGGGGACUUAGGCCCACCAUCCUGAAAUUAGGACACGACACACCUAUGGCGGGGCACAUGGGUGUAGCAAGAACGAAAGCCAGAAUUCUGUCACAAUUUAGCUGGCCAGGGGCAGGGGAGGAUAUCAGGCGUUACAGCGAAAGUUGUGAUGUCUGCCAGAAAAGCAAAAAGAAUGUUGGUGGCAAGGCGCUUCUGGGUAGAACUGAGGUAGUGGGACAACCGUUUGAGAAAAUCGCCGUAUAUAUUGUGGGGCCACUAACUCAAACGAAAAAAAAGAAUAGAUUCAUACUCACAGCCGUAGACAUAUGCACACGGUGGCCAGAAGCCGUACCGCUGAAAAGUGUAACGGCAGCAGAGAUUCAAGAUGCGCUACUCUCCAUCUUCACGAGGAUGGGAUUCCCGGAAGUCAUACUCUCAGAUAACGGGACCCAGUUCACGUCGGAAAUUUUCUGCACCGUGUCUAAAAUGUUGGGGAUUAAAAUCAUUCACGCUUCGGCAUAUCACGCCAUGGCCAACGGGGCUGUAGAACGAUGGAAUGGAACUUUGAAGGAAAUGCUAAAGAAAGUAGCUAUAGACAAGGAUGACGAUUGGGACGUGUUCAUCCCAGCAGCACUUUUCGCCUACAGAGAAGUUCCAAACGAAAGUACUGGUUACCCGCCAUUCGAACUUAUGUUCGGCAGGAAAGUGAGGGGCCCGAUGAGCAUCCUAAAGGAUAUCCUCACAGGAGAAGUAAGGGAAUAUAAGACAAGAGCUGCAUAUGACUACCUGCUGGACCUUAAGCAGCAGUUGCAAACGGCAUGCAGUUAUGCAACCCGCAAAUCAGAAAAUGAGAAAGAUAAAGCAAAGAGCUACUACGAUAGAUCAGCCACAACCAAAGAUAUCAAAGUGGGGGAUCAUGUGCUGAUAUUGAAGCCCCAACUAUUAAACAAACUUGAGCUAAGACAAAAACCAAACGACAGCAAGGGACACCCCAUGUUAGCGGCAGUGUCAGGAGUGGUGGAGGCAGAAGAAGAAAACCAAGUAUCACUAACAAUUGAGGAGGACAUGGAACCGGGUAUCCCAUUGGACACAAUAAAAACUCCCGACAUACUGGAGGAAACUAAGUUAAGUGAUAUCAAAAUAGGAGACACCCUGACAAAAACACAGCGGACGGAUCUAGACAAAAUUAUCCAAGAGUACACAGCUAGAGCUUAUGAAGAAAGAGAAAUGGAGAGACUGGGAAUAAUAGAGAGGUCCGACUCCGACUUCAGCGCACCUGUAGUACUAGUUAAGAAAAAAGAUGGGUCGACACGGUUCUGUGUAGACUAUAAGAGACUUAACGCAGUCACAGUCUACGACGCGGAACCCAUCCCAGAUACAGAUGAGCUGUUCGCUAAAUUAAAUAGGGCAAAAUAUUUUACUAAACUCGACCUCACAAAAGGGUAUUGGCAGAUCCCCAUGCAAAAUGACAGCAAAAAACUCACCGCAUUUGUCACACCCUGGGGCCUAUUUCAGUUUAAUUACCUGCCCUUUGGCCUAUGCACGGCACCCGCCACAUUCGCCAGAUUAAUGCGAGUCGUAUUAAAAGACUUGGAAAAUGUGGUGUCAUUCUUUGAUGACAUCUGUAUCUACAGCGAGACAUGGGAGGAACACCUUAUGGCAAUAAAGGCGGUGUUCAAUAGAUUGAAGGACGCGGGCCUGACAAAGGAGGUAAGAUCAUUAGUGGGUCUUAUAGGGUAUUAUGCUAAAUUUAUACCAGAAUUCAGCGAGGCCAACGCAAUACUGACAGACUUGUUAGCAAAGGGUAAACCUGAAAAGGUCGUGUGGUCAGAUGAAUGUAACCGUGCUUUAAGACUGGUCCAGAAACACUUGAACUCAGAACCAUUUCUUAUUUUACCUAAUAUUAAUGAGCAAUUUAUUCUCAGGACCGACGCCUCGUCACGAGGUAUCGGGGCAGCCUUGAUGCAAAUGAGAAAUGGGGUCCUGAGACCAACAGACUGUUUCAAACGUCGCCUUGGGUACCCUAGACCUGAGCCUUACGGUCAUAUCACAAGGGUUCAAGACAAGCCAGGCAAUGGUUGUAGCCCCGCCUCUUUGUCAAGUCCAAUAAUAAAGUCUCAAUCUGAUCACGUGAUGUGUGAGUCAUCAGGAGCUGAAAUCUGCUGGAUUAAAGCCAACUGUUUCGAUGAGGGAGGGUCUUUGGCUACAGAGACUCACAAAGGGACGGGUUUGUCUGGACGCUUGAAGGCCGAGAGGCUCGUCGUGUUCUUACUGCACUACUACAACGUCGUCUUGCCCACCCUGAUUGGCAUAAGCCUCGCCAGCCUGGUCCUGUUAUUGUUGUGCAAUCGGAUGCCUGAUUUGAAAAUGAAAAUGGCGUGCUCGGCUGACGAGUUGAGUGAUCUGAACAUUAUUAAGAAGGAACUGGAGGACAUGAAACAGCAUGUCCUCAGCAACAACAUGAGCGUGUCUUGCGAUGCCAUCAUGAAGAAACUCACGCAGCUUGAACUGGACGGCAAACUGAAGACACGUGUCCUAAAGAAAAUUGUCAGCAAUGUCAAUGACAUGGAACUUUGA